UGUAUUUCCAGCCUAAACGGAACUCGUAGCUCACUGCUCGCAUCGAAGUCAUCGACUUACCACACACUUUGCAUCAUUGCUUCUUGGCACAGGCCUAUCGGUGCUUCCCUUGUCAGCAACAAUUUCGUGUCAUUCAUCUUCUUUCCUCUCGCAUCGACUCCCCGCGCUCCUCACCUUGACUUCCGGGCACACAUCAAGAUGGCGGCCCGACCUCUUUGUGUUCUAUUGCUACUAGCGGCGGUCGCGCUGGUCUCGCUCCCUUCGGCAGAUGCGGCGUACGAUGCGAAGAAAGGCUUGGCAGCGAUUAAAACUGCCCUGAAGCAGAAGAACUACAACUCGUACAUCACGCUCAUGGAAUCAAGCAAGUUCAAUGACACGCUGCUGACGAUUCUGCCCAAGUACCAGGUGACGCUGCUGGUGGGGCAGACCAAGGCGUUUGCGAAGCUCAAGAACUGGGAGUCGAUCAAGAAGACCGCGCGCACCGGCUUCCAGAUCGCCGCCUUCAACAUGCUCGGCAGCCUCCACACGAAGAAAGCCAUGGCGGGUUACCCUAUGGGCAAAACGUUCAGCACUGGGGACUACACCUACCUGCAAACAAAGCUCAAGUCCAAGAAGGGUUUUGCGUUGGGGACCACUGCAAGCAACGGGUCCAUCGUUGAGUGGACUGUCUAUAUGGACGCUCAGGUGAUUGUGCAUGGUGUAGACACAGUCAUCAUGCCGCCAAAGUUUAAGUGAAGUGCCUCCGGAGUACACCAUGAUAUAUUGUGCAUUAGGUCUCAAAGGCUCUAUUUAGAAGUCAGUAUUCUUUAUUUACAUCAAUUGGUAGCGCCAAACUUAUUUACUGAUACUAUUGCCAUAUCAAAAGCCACCAUGAACCUCUUGUUAGCAGCUUGGCAGGGACAGUGGCAAGACAUGGUACCUGUGUGCUUAGUUGUGGGGGCUAGCAUUUUGUCUACCAUGGCCACGCUCUGUCUUGAUGAUUGUAUACGCUUCGUGAU